CUCCCACUCCUUUCCUUAGGAAAAAUAAAAUUAAUAAAUAUAGUAAAAAAAAUCGUUGCAGUUUCCACUCUGUACUGUACCACAAAAAUCUCCCCACUCGUCUACGACACCGCGCUUCACCGACAACUGCCGGUGAAAAAGACAGGUCACCGGUCCCAUCGGUUUCUCCCCAUCUAUUACCCCGAGAACACGGUAUAAAAUCCUCUACCUGCCGUCCCGGAAACAUUUUCGGUCUAGUCGGAGCACCGCGAUCACCGCCGUUCGACGUCUGUACAGGGAACUUCAAAUUUUGGUAGAUGGCAGAUAGAGAGAAUAGAGAAAAGGGAGAGGAGGGAGAGGAAACUAAUACCUGUGGAAACGAAUGGGAAGUUGUGUCACUUACAGCAUCAGCAUAUGCUGCUGCACCUGGUCCAGAGGGAGUUGAACAGAAUAAUGAUAAUGAUGGCAAUGAGAGGAAUAAUGCUACUGGAAAGGAGGAAGCAGAAACGGGUCAUGCAAUGUUUAUGUCUAGUCACUUUGUCUUUCCACCAAGUCAGCAUGAGAAUUUACCAUUGGAACCUGAUACUAGUGGUGUCCACAAAGAACUGGGAGAUGAAAAUGUUGUUCCUGAAUUGAAUGUGGAGGCAAAGGGUAGAGUCGAUAGCAAGGCUGAAGAAGAUUGGGAUGUGAAAGCAUUGACUGUACCAGAUGAAUUUCCUGAAAUACAGUUGUUUGACGGAAAAGGUAACAAGUUGUCUGUUCAUGGUACAGAAUUUGAAGAAGGCACAGCUCUGCAAGAGUUAAAUUCAGUUGAUAAAGAGCAUAUUAUUUAUAGUGCUGCUAAAUUUAGUUCUUUUCCCAGCGAAACAACUAUUGGUGGACCAACAGCAUAUGAUGAGAAAACGAUAAUUCCUGAUCUAACUGAUCCAUCUGAACAAGGCUUAGAUUUGACAGGGAUUCCUCAAUCUCCAGAGCCUAUGGAAGAUGAUAAAUAUGGUGGGUCCAACGACUCCAACCUUCCUUGUGAAGCUUGGUGGAAGAGGCGAGCCGUAUCCUUGUAUGCUCAUGCAAAAGAGGCAAACACAUUUUGGUCUAUCUUCAUUGCCACAGCUGUAAUGGGACUUGUAAUUCUUGGGCAGCGGUGGCAGAAAGAAAGAUGGCAAGUUCUGCAACUUAAAUGGCAGUGCAGCCUUGGUGAUGCGAAGACAAGCAGGUUGCUGGGACCAAUUUCCCGAUUUAAAGAUGUGAUUGUGGGUGGCAAUCGGCGGGGAUCUUCCAUUGCAACCAGUGGAUCGACUGAACGUUAAUACAAUGAAAAACAGUCAAGAUGAUGACGAAAAACUGGAGAUGGAGAUGGGGAUGGUUAAAGGUUUUUCCUUCUGGGGUGGGAGCUGGUUUGCUGGGGAGCGAUUCACAAUACAUAUGCCAAAGCUGCAAGGACACAUUCCAAUAUUUGCAUAUUAUUAUUCAACUGGUUAUGAAUUUUUUUUUUUUAAUGUUUUUAUGACAACUAUUCGCAUAAAUUUCUUCAAUAUUUACUAUUUAACUGUUGGAUACCUUUAUUUUUAAUGGUAUGUUGCACAUAUGGAAGCACA